GAGAAGAAGAACUCCAGCAAAACAAAACACGGAACUUCUUUAUGGUUUUUUCUUCAGAUAGCAGAACUAACUUAAAUCAUAUUAAAAGUGAUUUAUUCCACACGGGAGACCCAUGAGCCGUGUUUAACCGAGCCAUGUUCGGUGGGUCGUACCGGCCGCUCCCCCGCAGCGAGCCCAGUGCGCGGACUCCGGGUCUGUUCGUGGAGCCGGACAGAUUCACCUACCGCAGCUUCCACAAGGGACUGUCCUUCGACUACACGCCCAAUGUCUCUGAAAACGACUUCAGCGAUGCCUCCCAAGGAUGGCUGUCUUGGAUUUGCAACAUGAUAGUCAUCUCGCUUGUCUACAUCUGCACCUUCGUGACCUUCCCCAUAACAGGAUGGUUUGUUCUGAAGACUGUACCAAACUACCAGAGGAUAGUGGUGUUCCGUCUUGGUCGAAUUUGUCCUCCGAAGGGCCCUGGUAUUGUCCUGGUGUUGCCGCUCAUUGACCAGUGGCAGAGAGUAGACCUGCGCACCCGUGCUUUCAACAUACCUCCUUGCCAGGUGACCACUCAGGAUGGAGGCAUGCUGUCAGUGGGAGCAGACAUCCAGUUCAGGAUCUGGAACCCAGUCAUGUCCGUGGUGUCAGUCCAGGACCUGAAUGCCUCCACCAGGAUGACGGCACAGAAUGCUUUGACUCACAGCCUGGCUAAGAAGACUGCCAGGGAAAUCCAGACUGAGAGGGUGAAGCUGGGAGAGUAUCUCGGGAUGGACAUAAAUGAGAUGACUCGUCAUUGGGGGCUUGAGGUGGAUCGGGUUGAACUUACCAUUGGCUCUCUGCUCAAAGCCCCAGAGCAAGGCCAGGCUGGAGGCUUCAUCGUUCCUCCCCCCGUACCUGGACUUGAAGGCCUCACCGGCCCCAUUCAGCAGCUGGCUAUGCACUUCCUGAACACCAGUAGUUCACAGCCUCACCCCAAGGACAGCGUCACAUUAACAGAUGAACUCUGCAGUGGCCCCCAGUCUGUCGUCAGCACAUACGGUUCUGUGGAGGAGCUGCUCAGUGGCGUCCAUGCGCUGCUCUCUGACUCUCUGGUCCGCCAGAUUGGGGCGUGUUUCCAGUUUGAAAUCACCUCAACUGAUGGACAGCAACACAAGUACUAUGUGGACUUGAGCCAAGGUAGUGGAGCAGCUGGAUCGGGAGCCCCGUUUCGGGAGCCGGAUGUGACUCUGAGCCUGAGUGACGGCGAUCUCCUGGCCAUGUUCCACGGGGACCUGCAGCCGUUUGCUGCGUACAACAGUGGAAGACUGAAGGUCCGGGGAGAUGUCCGGACAGCCAUGAAGCUGGAAGACCUCAUAAAACUACUGAAAAAACAACAUUUAUAGUAAACUUGAAUUGUUGUUGUUUAUACAUUUUUAUUUGUAUUGUCGUGUAUGAAAUAUCUAUUUUACGUUGUAAAUUGCACAUUGUGUGUAUA